AACAUCGACUUGUGUUGGUUUUUGUCUCAGGUUUAUUUUGUGAUGUGAGUGAUUUAUAAAUAAAAACUAAACAAAAUUGUGCUAACAAAGUGCUAAAUUCACUGUAUCCGGUUCCUUGAAAUUAAUGUAAUACCAGUAGCGUUGGACAUUAUGUCGAUUUCACGGACUGAAUACGUUUUCGAGCCGUUUAAGGUUACUGAAGUCAAAUAUCGAGGUUCUGACUGGCCUAGACCUCGAAGCGGUCAUAGGAUAGCAUGUGAUGAUGCACACAUAUAUUGUUUUGGUGGCUACAAUCCCUCUUUACCGCUAUCACAUUUACAAAGAGAAAAUUCAACUUGGAGCCCAGCACGUCCUCUUUUUAAAGAGCUAUGGAGUUUUUCGAUAGCUAGUCGAAAAUGGAAACAGCACAGAGUAGUAGAGAACAUGCCAGAAGAAUUGGCUUCUAAUGCUAUGUGUAUGAAUGGCAGAUUUUUAAUGAUUUUUGGUGGUACCGGUGCACCCUUUGGCAACAGAUGUAGUAAUGAUGUCAUUGUAUGGAGGACUUGUGCUGGUGAUGCGAGAUUGCAAGUCUUGGAUGUCACUGGGACUAGACCACCAGGUUUAUAUGGUCAAGCAAUACUAUGCCACAAUGGUUGUUUUUACACAGUUGGAGGGACUAAUGGUUUUGCAUAUAACUGUGAUAUUUAUAGGCUAGACUUACGGACACUGGUUUGGGAACCUGUGUUUGUUGGCACAGGACAAGAAGGUGAGCCCAUUGGAAGAUAUAGGCAUGAAGUAGCUCGUGUAGACAAUAAACUUUAUAUAAUUGGAGGUGGGACUGGUGAAUGGGCAUUUGAAUUGAUGGAGUUACCAAUGUAUGACUUAGAAACCAACACAUGGUCUAUAUUAACACCAAAAGCUGAUGAUACUAUUAAAGAUAGCCAGGCGCCACUUCCAAGAAAAUGUCAUAGUGCAGUUCAAAUUGACACACCCAGCGGUGUACAAGUCUUUGUAGCAGGAGGGUCAGACGGUCAAGGCGUUUUUGAAGACAUUUGGAGGCUGAAUUUGCCAGAUCUUCAGUGGAACCUAAUGCAGAAGACUGUUUUGCCAAAUCCUUUAUACUUCCACUCAUCAACUGUAACUUCAUAUGGUUGCAUGUAUGUCUUUGGUGGUAUAGAACCUAAAGAGGAUGCAACAAGUCGAAAUAACAUUCUUUAUAAAGUGUGGCUACGUAUACCAAAGCUCAGUGAAAUUUGUUGGGAGGCUAUGCUUAAUUUCCAUCCAAAUUUAGAUCAAGUAGGUAGAAUGAAUCUCUUGGACAUAGGUAUUCCGAUUCACUUCGUGAACAGGUUGCAUUCAGAACCUAGUUAAUUAUCCAUAAACAGUAAUAGAUGGGGAAAAUAAUAGAUUUGGCAAAAAUGUGCAAGAGUACUAAAGGUAUACAUCACUCAAUACCUAGUGACUAACCUUUGAAGGUUAAGUUGACAACCUUAGUGCAACCGCCAAGCAAAGGUUGAAGGUAACCUUUGCUUGGCGGUUUCAUAAAGGUUGUCAAUUUUGGCUUACACAUGAAAAACUAUUGUAGUAGUGAUACUCGUAUCUAGUCGUUUGAUUUGUUGUUGCGAAAAAAAAGAAAUAUAAACUAUUAAUAAUGAAAAUAUUAUGAAUGUAAUAUUUUUUAGCAAAUUUGUAACAGAUUAUUUUGUUGCAACGAUUUUAGCAUUAACGAUAGGCACGCAUAUUGUAUUGUAAUGAGUAAUAAAUCCAUUUAAGAUCUAAACCUAUUAAUCGACGCAAAAAAACGACAUAAUAUCUACACAAAUAAAAAAAUAUGUUUUCAAUUUACGUUAUUUUUUAACGUGAAUUUGCCUUACAAAAAUUUUUUAUUUCACUAGCAAUACUCAUGUAAGUAAAUGAGUAUUUUUAUACACAUAAUUUCUUUAAGGUUGCCUUUAGGGGAAUACUACUUGUAUCACUACUCACCUCUCUAAAACUUGUAGCCUAAAAAACGACAUUUCACCAUUUAAUGUUGAAUUUAAAUAACCAUGGACUAAAUAGUUGGAAUAACACUUUUUUAUUUUAUUUUGUUAAAAAGUUCACAGACGCAUGUCUGUAAUAAAGUGUCUGUCGCACUGAUUCGAAAAGGUCCAAGACAUUAUGUUGGUGAUUUUUGUCUGUGUGUUUUUCGAGCGCAGUUUGUAUGUUGAUUAUUUUCUGUUUAUAUACCUAUAUAUUCUGUGGUCAGGCGCUGGAACACCGGCGGCGGCGGGAAAUAAUCCUGAAUAUAAUUGUUCGAUUAAAUGAAAGUAAUGUUAGUAUUUUAUUAAGACAAUAAAUAAUAAUUUAGUAAUUUCUAAAUUAUUAGCGUUUAACGUCUGUUGUAACUUCUUAGAUCGCUGCGUUUCACGAAUGUACAAUCUGAGCAAUUUAAUUUUUUAUUGUAUAUUAAGAACACGUAGCACGUAAAUUUUAAAUAACUAAAUACCACCUAUGUGUUACGAUAUUUCGUACUUUACAUUGCCCCGCCGCCCCCAGGUGUUCCAACUUCCAAAACCAGCAGAGCGUUUCCGUAAAAAAUCCAAAUUAGAAUUCACUUAGGUAUCCGAAAUCACUUCGAAAGUCAAUCCGCUUAUCUUAUAUUAGUGUAGAAAUUAGUGUAAAAAUCCAAAAAAGAUUGAUCUAUUCAUACGUGUAUCAGAUAUUUUAUUCCUAUGUCAUUUCCAAACUCACUUCACUUAUCACAUAUUCACGAAACGCUAAUUCCAAUGAGAAAGAAUUAAAAAAAAACAUUAGCUCCUGAAAUCACACUAGAUGUCGCUACGGUACUUUCUUGAUUUCUCCAUGAAAACCCUUCCGGUUUUCUUUCACGUAUAAAAGUAAAUUAAUUUUCAAAACUCAAUAAACAACUCAUAUGCUAUUUGUAUUGUUAUCUAAGUUUCGAACUUUUAGUUUAAUAAUAUGUCAGUUAAAAGAAACGGAAAUGACUGUUUGGUCUAUUCGUUUCCUGCAAAAAUAAACUUUUAGUAGAGUCGCCAUUAGUGCUUUCUUUUUUUUUUCUUAAAAUACUUCUUCAUUCAAGGUAAAGCGGAUGUCGCUUUCGAAAUGAAUGCGGACAUCUGAGUGAAUUACAAUUCGGAUUCAUAUUUUUACGGAAUCGCUCUGCUAACCUUCGCUCUCUGGGUCUCUGGGUACUGUAAUGUAUACUUUUACUUCAAUAUGUUAUUCAUAGUACUUCAAUAUGCAUAUUAAAAUGCAUAUCAAGCUUCAGAAAGCUCUUGCACAUAUUUGUCAUACCUCCUAGACUACAAUGUUUUUUGUAUUGACAGUAUUCAAUGUUCUUCUAAUAACUGAAUCACGUUGAAUUACCUAAUGGCUACCUUAUGCAUUUGUUUUUGUAAAUAUAACGGUAUAUCAUAAUAAAUAUUUAAACAUAUUUGAGAUUUACAAUAUUAUAGUAAUGGUUUGUCCAUUUGUUUUAAUUUUGUUCUUUACUGUUUUAUCUGCAUUUAAUAAUAUUUUAACAUGUACUUUUAUGUAUUUUAAUGAAUUACAAAGUUAUAAUUUGUCAUUCAUCAGCAUAUUGUUAACAUCACAAAAUAAGAUUUUAUAUAAAAUGAAAUGUAAAACAGAACGUUCGGUGUUUGUCUGGAAAUUAAGUAUGUCAUACUUUCAAUAAAUAAUUUUUAAAUAGAGCUUAAUAAAUCAGUGUUGACUCUGUAAUGAUAAAAUAGAAUACAUGACUCAAAUAUUAU